UUUGCAUCAUAGUGAACGAAUGGAUGAGGAGGUGAUUCUCCUGGACUUCUUGACUAGCAUUUUCGCCACCAGAGUCAGAAUUGCUCUAGCAGAGAAAGAAGUCAAGUAUGAAUCCAAGGAAGAAGAUCUAAUGAAUUUAAAGAAAAGUCCGUUGUUGUUAAAGAUGAAUCCCAUAUACAAGAAAAUUCCAGUUUUGAUCCACAAUGGAAGACCUGUUUGUGAGUCCCUAAUUAUAGUUGAGUAUGUUGAUGAGGUAUGGAAGGGCAAAGCUUCCCUCUUGCCCUCUCAUCCUUGUGACAGAGCUCAAGCUAGGUUCUGGGCUGAUUUCAUUGACAAAAAGCUAGAGGGUUUUGCUCGUAAAAUAUGGUCGACAAAAGGAGAAGAGCAGCAGGCAGCAAAGAUUGGCUUCAUAAAUUGCCUGAAGACGCUGGAGGAAGGAGCAUUAGGAGACAAGCCUUAUUUUGGAGGUGACAAUUUUGGGUUUCUUGAUGUGGCUCUUCUUGGACACUAUAGCUGGUUCUAUACCUAUGAGAAAUUUGGUAAAUUCAGUAUAGAAGCUGAUUGCCCCAAGCUGAUAGCUUGGGGAAAGAGGUGUAUGGAAAGGGACAGCGUUUCCAAGUCUCUUGCUGACCCCAUAAAGGUCUAUGAAUCUGUGUUGCUGUGGCAAAAGCUUCGUGGACAGGAGUAACAUGGAGAAGCUAGCUUAAUUACGUUGUUAUGGGAAUUUAUCUCGGACUAUAUUUCAUGAUCCAUUUGAAAUAUUAAGCGUGAUUAUUUGGAGAAUUUUGUGUAUUUACAGUUUGCAUUACAAGUGGAUUAGGAUGUAAUAACCCUUUUGUCACAAUAAUCAAUGCUUUCGCGUUCCAAGUA